GGGGCGCGAUGAGCCACAUGGCCUCGAUCUCAAUCUGUCCAGUAAGUGUAAGAGGAUCUGACAAACCUCUGGGAACAAGGAAUAAGUCGUGCACUAUCUGAUUGGUCAGAUUCGAUCUCAAUGCGUAACCGCUACGUAGGCGCGCCAUUUUUCAGAAUGAGCAAAUGUGUUUGUUUUUCUACACCUUAGUCAUGACGAUUGUUUUUGAGUUGUUGUAAAAGCCGUACCCCACCGAUUAAUUCUACACUUGGUUUGCAGUAAAUGCUUGGCCAUGUCUGUGGUCACCCCAGCCAAAUCACUUUUCGGACAUCAGUUUGUUGCGUCGCCAAUACAACGGCUGAAAUUUCGUGACUGUGAUGGCAGCGACAGCCCGGACGACGAGGCCGAUUCUUCUAUCGACACGUCUGCUAGCACCAUGGAGUCCGAUUCGAUCUCCAUGUCCAACUCUAAGGACGACCUGAUGGACUCCAUGGACUCGUCAAUUGAAGGCUGGGAUCCUAGCCUCGGCACGCCCCAGCAUAGUCCAUCUAGCAAGUCUAAGAGGAGAUCUCUGGACCGGUCGCCUCUUAGCCGAUUUUCAAGUCCGGAGACAUCGCCGCUGAUGUAUAAAAACCACCAGGAGCUACCGCGGCACUCAUAUCGUGACCAACUGGAGGUCGACAGCCCAUCUCCCACGCCGCCCCACAAAAGACUCCGGAACUUGCGUCUCUUUGACACGCCACACACACCUAAAUCUCUGAUUGAACGAUCAAGACCGCUGAUCACGCCGGCAGCAGCCACGGGGUCGCAGCGGAGGAGAGGCGGACUUGGUAGCCGCUUGUUUCUCGGUAACAAAUCAAGGAAUGAGUUGGACAACAGACAGACCAAAUCAGCACCGCGGAUUGGAGGACUCAGAAAUAAGCAAGAGGCCCAGCUGGCCAAUGUUAAUCCUUUCACACCUUCUGCUAUGGUUCUCAACGCAUCCAGGAAGAAACGACAGAGGAGAGAAGGAAUGGGUGAUUUGUGGGAUUUGGACGUGGAUGACAUUGAAAACAGUGAUGUUGAUGCUCUCCCAAACCCAUGCAAGAGGAUUGCGUUGCGCGAGACCAACAUCUCCCGCUACAAUGAGGAAUUUGUUGAAGUUUGCAAGAUAGGAUCCGGUGAGUUUGGAGCUGUCUACAAGUGCAUCAACAGGCUAGAUGGCUGUUUCUAUGCAGUCAAGAAAUCAAAGAAUCCCAUCGCUGGUUCAGCAUUUGAGCAAAUGGCACUGAAUGAAGUGUAUGCUCACGCUGUGUUAGGGACGCACGUGCACGUUGUAAGGUACUACUCUGCGUGGGCAGAAAACAACCAUAUGAUCAUCCAGAAUGAGUAUUGCAAUGGAGGCAGCUUAGCUGACGUCCUUUUCCAGAACCAACAGAGAGGACAGCAUCUGUCUGAGCCAGAGUUGAAGCAGCUGCUCUAUCAGGUGGCACAGGGGUUGCGGUACAUCCACUCACAAGGACUGGUGCAUCUAGACGUCAAACCAGGAAAUAUUUUCAUUUCCAAGAGAGAGGUAGUCAGUGAGGAUCCAUCAUCACCACGAGAGGGUUACAAUGAUAACAGCCCAGAUGAAGACAUAGAAAAUCCACUAGUGACAGGACAAAACCCAACUGUCUACAAAAUUGGUGACCUCGGUCAUGUGACUUCACUGGCCAAUCCAAAGGUAGAGGAAGGUGAUGUCAGGUACCUACCUAAUGAAAUACUGCAAGAAGAAUACUCGAAUCUGACCAAAGCAGACAUAUUUGCCUUGGCUCUCACCGUCUACGUCGCAGGGGGUGGGGAACCCCUGCCAAAGAAUGGUGACCUGUGGCACAAGAUCCGGGCAGGGUGGCUACCCCGCCUUACACAUUGCUCCGAGGCAUUUAAUCAACUUCUCUUAACAAUGAUAGGUCCCGAUCCCAGCAAGAGACCCUCAGCAUCGGCAUUGGUCCACCACUCCGUUCUCUGUCCCAACAAGUCCUACACUCAGCUCAAGAAGGAACUCAAUGCUGCCAAGUUCCAGAAUGCUGUCUUAUCCAGGGAACUCCAACAAGCCAGAGAUGCAACAGAGCAGGACAUCCUGAAACCAGUAUCCAAGGCCAGCUCUAGAAUCAUUGGCAAGAAGAUCAACAGGAGUAUGAGUCUCACGAUCUACUGAAAUUACUCUCAAAUCACAACAUGCAACCCAGCCAUGGCUAGGGCACCAUCCACUUACAUGUACAUGCACAGGGUUAUGGUGUUGGCCGGUAAUGGAUUGCAUCAUAAUACCUGUAUUCUUUUGCGUGGGUCUGUGACAUAAAGCCCCUGAAUGCCAAAUGUCUUGGGAUACCUUUCAAAGUCAUUCCCAUUAUAAAGGCCUUUUUGACCAGUAGUUGUGACUUGCAGAAAUGCACACACCUCAAGUUUCAGAACUUGAGGUGUAUACACUCGAGUGUGGUGUCACUGUGGUGAAGGUUUCUCUUCGGAUCAGUCCGUAGUUUAAUUCGCCAACCAGGAUUAGAAGCCAUUAAUGUCGUGACAUAUUAAUCGUGGACAGGUGGCACACUUACAUUACAUGUGUUUUGACCAAUGGGAUGUCCUGAUUUGCAAGAAACAUGCAUGUAUCAAGGAUAAUAAUGCUUGUAUGAGUGCGGUACCACCCUCGUUAUUGGUGUCCAUGGAGGAGGGGCCUGGCUUGAUCGGAGGUUCAUUCUUUCAUUUGCUCGGAUUAAAAGGGGUGCACAAGAAAAUUACAUGUGUUUUCUUUUUUCUCAGUGCCAGCUGUAUGGGGUAUGCAGGAGAGUGUGCUUUUAGAUAAAGAAAUGGUGCUUGAAAACAGUUACAUGUACAUUGCUGUUAGAAAAGAUUAGAGACUAGAAUUUGUUGCAUUGCUUAUUCAAAAUGAGCGUACGUAGCAUUAGCCAAAAGUGGUUGCGGGUGACUGAUUUCUGUAUGCAUCUUUUGCAUAGGCAACAAUUGAGCAAGUAGAUAUUACCUGUUAGAUGGUGAAAUAAUGGUUCAAACUUUUUUGCCGCAAGUCGCUGGUGUUGAUUUAGAAUCAGUGUUGUAGACGAGUUGUUUUCAAGUACCAAGUUCCCUGCCAAAUAUUUAACUAGUUAGGAGGGAAAAAAGCUGAAGUACAUGGGCAUUUGAUGGUACAUGCAUAAAGGUAAGAUUACAAAGUAGCAUGAUGACUUCGUACUAUGUCCGUUUAAUAAAAAUUCAGGGUUU